UUUGAAAUCAGUUGGCCAUGUUCCGUUAGUCUGUUAGUCAGUUUGUAGUACAACAACCAACUAGAUGAGGCUAAGGCAUAUAACUAAGCUCUGAAUUGUUGUAACAAUUAUGGAUUUAUGUCUUAAGGGCUCGCAGAUUAACCUAGCCACACGACAAAAAACGAAACCCAAAUACAAUAGUCGUUCCCUGACGACUUUACACAACUCGGUGCCACAUUUUCGUCCACGUUCGGCCAACUAUCUGCAACAGCGUAGUCGUUCCUCGCCCUUUUUGGGUCGUCCACAGUCGGCAGAUCCGAAAUUUGGUAGAAAGUUUAGUGCCUAUUUCAGUGAAAAGGACAAACAGCGGCAAGUGUCCUCGACGGAUUUGUUAAAGUCACUGUUGGAGGAGCCCAUAAAACGAAGUUGGUUGUGUCGCAGUUCGGGAACAUCUUCGGAAUCGGAUUACUCACAGAAAUCACCGCACAAUAGUGAGGGGGAACAGCAACUAGAACGUUAUUUGAUCAAUAUGCCCGUUGGUGUUAAUCAGGAUAAGAAUAAAUCGUAUGCUCAUGCCAAUUGGGAGAUCCAGGGACAAAUAUUGCAGAAGACUGCCAAACCAGAUCUUCCGGGACGUGUGUCCUUUAGUAAACCCAAUACCCAGACUAUGCACAAUGACUUAGAUUCGAGUGAUUGUGAUAAUGAUAAGCAGGAGCAGGAACAACGUUCCAGUAUCUCUGCUCCUGGACCACUAACAUUGCCCACAUUUCUUCAUAAAAUGGAGACUACAGCAGUAACAAACUCAAACCCUUUGGCCAUGAUGACCCCAACAACUUCGACGACGACAAUGUCCACAGAAGUUCAAUCCAAGAAAUCCGUGCACUUUGGCUCAGCAUCUAGAGAAACUGGUGAAGUCUUAGCGGAGACCUACGAAUAUCCCAAAUGUCCUUCCGAAAAUUGUACCUGCAGUAGUACAAGAUCCUCUUCCACUGCCAGUACAAAUGAAGCCAUGCCCAAAUGUGCCUGCGAUGCGCCAAGUUGUCGUUUCGUUGACAAAGUGGAAAAGGCUCCGACACCCGAAUUGAAUGUGAUUAGGGAAUACAAACAGGUGGUUGCUCCAGAGCCUCUCAAUAAUAACAUUGAAUUGGCCAACUAUUUGGAUAAAUAUGCUCCUUCUCAAGCCGCUAAUAAGGAGAAGCAAAAUAAUCUUUCCGAGAACAAGAAUCUCAGUGGUGUUAGUAGUGGGAGUAGUAAUGGUGGUGCUCCAAGUGGAUCAACCUAUUAUAAAACACCAUCAACAACUCGCAAUUUUGGUUCGGAGAACAAUAAUUUUCUGCCCGCCGUUCAAGAGGAUCGCCAUCGUCAAUAUGGUAAUAGUAGUUCCUCCGAUUCUGUCAUCAAUAACUAUCUAAAAGUUGCCUCAGCUCCGCCAUUUGUGGGUAAAAAGAAAGAGAAUGUUAAGCCAGUAAGCGCGGAAGUGUCAGCGAAUCGAAAUGGAAACAUUAAACCCUUUAGAAAUAGUCUUUCCCAUACUAAUACGAGUCCUGGCAAACUAAAGAAAGCCAUUAGUGUGGGUAGUUUGAGGGAGGAACGUAAGUUAAGUGAAUAUAAUCUCGAUAAAGUGGACAGCUGGAUGAGUAUGCAAGAGCAAAAACAGGCUCUGGCACAAUUUGCCGAGCUGCACAAACAGGGAUUGGAUGAGGCUAAUCAGGAUCCUGAUAAUGAUAGUGCUUCCAAUGAGGAGGACUCCAGAGAUUCCACCUACGAUGAAAUUGUCUCGGUCAUCAAGGAAAUAGAAGAGGAUAAGAAGAGAGAUAAUCUUGCGGAGCUGCUACCCAGUGAGCUUCAUUUAAAAUUGGAUUCCCGUUGCGAAACAGCUGAGACAACGAGUCUAAAUGAGGGUCCAAAUCCUACAGAAAGUGGCGACAAAUACAAAGACAUCUUGGCGUAUUUAAACAAUGUGGAAAGCAGCUGCGAUAAGACCCUAAUGGAGACACGUCGCUCUCUACCCGAUAGCAAUCGUUCAGAGGUGGAAUUUCUAGUGGAACCCGAUAUAACCGAUGAAGUGCCCAAGCUAUCGGAGCUGCUAAUGAUGCCCAAUCAUCAGUUGGCCCGGCGUGUCAUAGCUUUGAGUCUACGAGCCAAUGAACUUGCCAAUGCUAUUCACUUGUCCAAAGAGCACGUUGUUCAGUUGCGCACCGAGAAGCAGAAAUCACUGCGAGUUGAGAAAUCAACUAAUGCCAGCAAAAUGCGCGAUCAGAAGAAACACUAUGAAGAGGUAGUGCAACGACAUCAAGGUUUCAUAGAGCAACUGCUCAAGGAUAAGGGUUCUCUAUGCGAGAAAGUUGCGGCCCUUACCCGUCGCUUGGAGAGUCAGAAUCAGGCCUGGGAACAUCGCUUGGAUACAGAACUAACCCGAUCCAAAGAAACCACACUGGCGGCUGAAAAAAUACGUCGUGAACGAUGGGUGCGAGAAAAUACCAAGAAAAUUAAGGAGCUCACUGUCAAGGGUCUAGAGGCGGAAAUCAAUAGAAUGACUUGUGAGCAUCAACGGGAGAUUACGGAGCUGAAGCGUACCCAUCAAGUACAAUUGUUAGAUGCCCUUGAAGAGGCACGGCUCAAGCAUGAACAAAUUGAGAAUGGCAUCCGUGAGACUUGUGCCCAAGAUCGAGAGUCCAUUAUUGAAAAGGAACGCACUGCCAUACGAGAACGUUUUGAACGUCAACUAGAGGAAGAACAAAAAUCGCAAACCGAACAACGUCAGAAAUUGACCGAAGAUUUUGCUGCAGAACGUGAACGUCUGCAAAAGGAGCUGCGUCAAAAGGAAAGCGACUACCAAGCCAAACGACAGGAAACUCAAAGGGAAUUGGACAACGAACUGGAACAAGCCAAGUUCGAACUGCAAGAAAAGAUAGCGAAGCAGGAGGAGAAAUAUCAGAAUCGUAUCAACACAAUUGAACAGCAAUAUCUUGCCGACUUUGAGCUUUGGAAAACGGAAUACGAGAACAAAAGUAAAUUGGCCCAGGCGGAAAAGGAAAAUAACAUUCGUCUCCAUUAUAGAGCCGAACGGGAUCGUCAGCUGGAUGAGCUAGUGGUACGCAUGGAGGCAGAUGCUCUGCAAACUACUGAAGAGCAUGAUCAGAAAAUCAACCGCUUAAAAGAGAAAUACGAAAAGGAUCUUAAUCUGGCUGAGAGUGUGGAGAAAUCUUUAAGGGAGAAAUAUGCAGAGACUCGUGAAAAAUUAGCCGAAGCCGAUGCUCAAGUUCGUAAUUCUCAAGCCGAGAUCAAACAAUUGCACUUGGAAUUGAGUCACAGCAAGAAAAUGUGCGGAGAUAUCAUCAAUGAGCGGGAUAAAUUACGAGAUAAUCUCCAUGCGGAUGUGCAGAGUGAAGUGAAUGUUCUUAAUGAACGGCAUAAACAGGAAAUGGAACAAUUGCAGAAGCGGGUUCAUCACACCAUACAGCGACAGGAGGAAACAAUUGAGAUUCUCAAGGGUGACAAUGAUAACCUGAGACAACAGUGCCUCAAAUUGAAUGCGGUCAUACGACAACAACGCAAAGACUAUUGCGUGAAAUAGUUCAAAACGAAAGAAGACAAUUGUGUGAAUUAGUUAGAAACGAAUAUGAAAAUAUACACAAUUUUAUAUAUAUAGGA